CUUCGCGCGAGUCGCGAGAAGCCGGCAUCGCGAUCAAAACAGAUCAAAACAAACCAUGCGCAGUUUGGAGGAACCAUCUUUUACAUCCGCAGACCGUGGCCAGAAGUAAACAAGGAAACGUUGAUUUUUACGUAAUUCUCGUGCGGGGGCGAAAGGUGUUUUGUUUGCGGUUCGUCAUCGAUGACCUAAUCACAACACAACAUCUGGAAGAGGCAGCCGUGAGCGGGAGGAGGAGGAGGCAUGCUGCAGCGCGGUUGUCCGCUUUUUUGGGACGCUGCCAACAACAGCUGCUGUAAUGCACCUCGGGCCAUCAACAUCGGUGUGUCGAUCGAUAACAACAAACAAUAACAAACUUACGAGAGCUCGAGGGAUGACGACAGUCGGAGGAGGGGUGCUGGUGGUGGACUUGUUGUAAUCCUGGCGCACAAGAAGAUUGCAAUUAAGUGUACAGGGGAAGAGGAGAAUGAUGCGAUUUUUGGGAAAGUAAGAGUAACAGAAGCGAAGAGAUAACAGAUUCAACGCAAACAUAUCAGCACGCGAGCGAAGAAAGAACCGCCGCGGCAACAGUCACGCUGGUUGGCAUUGGCACGAAAUAAUAAUCAGUAGCAGCAUUAGGUCACGGCGCGCAGUGUUCUUUCUGCUAACCUCAAACGAAAGAGAGGCGAGCGCCCCCGAAAAAAAAGCAGCCAGAGGUUGUGAUAUAACACCUUUUGCACACAUCGGUUCGAAGUGGUUGAAAACGGAAUCUCGUCGGAAAUCGGUUAAUCGGCAGCGGCUGGGACCGGUUCUGCACUCGAAAUGGACCGCGACAAGGAUGACAAGUCUUCAAACACCGGAAUCGCGGGUGGAUUCGCGGCCUGCGUGACCCGUUUCAUCUGCCAGCCGUUGGAUGUGCUAAAAAUUCGCUUUCAAUUGCAAGUGGAACCGCUUAGUGAGGAUCACAUGACGUCCAAGUACCGCACGAUUGUGCAAUCGACCCGGCUAGUGUAUCAGGAGGAAGGUCUACGCGCUUUCUGGAAGGGCCACAAUCCGGCCCAGGUGCUCUCAAUUAUCUACGGCGUCUCGCAGUUUAGCUCCUACGAACACUGUAACGCUCUGCUGCGAAGAUUUGCGACCUUCGAGGAACACCACAACGUGCGAAACUUCAUGUGCGGUGCCCUGAGCGGAACCGUGGCCACUGUGAUUACGCUGCCGCUGGAUGUCGUUCGGACACGGCUCAUCUCUCAAGACAGAAACCGCGGGUACAAAAACUCCGUUCAAGGUCUCCGAAUGAUCUACAUGCAGGAAGGAAUUCGCGGAAUGUACCGAGGGUUGAGUCCCAGUGUGCUGCAAAUAGCCCCGCUUACGGGUGGUCAAUUCAUGUUCUACAACAUUUUCGGAAGUCUCUUCCGGAAGUACUUCAAAAGUGAAGCCACCGUCAAGGGAGAACCACUGCCCGCGAUAGAGCUGCUCAUCUGCGGCGGCCUAGCCGGAAUCUGCACCAAACUGAUGGUCUAUCCGCUGGAUUUAGCCAAGAAGCGAAUGCAGAUCCAGGGCUUCGCCAAGAGCCGACAAACGUUCGGGCGGCACUUUGUGUGCGGCAGCAUGGCCAAUUGUAUGUACAACAUCGUCAAGCAGGAGGGAUUCGUGGGCCUGUACAAGGGACUGCAUCCGGCGUUACUGAAGGCGUGCUUCAUGUCGGCGUUCUACUUUGCGAUCUACGACGAAAUGGUGUGGAUCCUGAACCACUGAUAAAGACUUCCCCGGACCAUCCCCGGGGAAGGGGCACGUCGUCCCGUUUCCAGCGCUCAGUACCUUUCGCACACCGGACGGAAGGCGGCCUGUCUGUUUCCGGGUUUUCGUUGAAGAACAGUGAACACAUUCUAUUCCUAUCGUUUUACUCGGCCGGUACGAUGGUGCCGCUCACCCGCCCGCGCGCUUCCUGUUCUGUCGUGUCUAGCUUACAACCAAAAAUAAUAAUUAAAUUACGAUUAAAGUUUAAGCCUAGCGGGGAGAGCUUCAGAAGCAGAGCCGGUAAUUGAAACUAUUUGCAAAAACAUGCGCGGGGUCAAUUGAAGAUUAUAUGCACACACUCUACUCUCUUUACGUGUUUAGUUAGUUAGGAGGUUUUAGGCUAGUGCUAGCUUUUGUUUUUUAGUGAGACUGAUGCGCAGGUAGCUCACACGACACACACACACACGAUUAGCUGUUAGCGUUUAACAAACUAGGCACAAGUGAAAGUUCGAAUGACGAGUAUUGAUUGUGUUGUAUGUGUUUUAUCCUAUUAACAGAAGAGAAAGAAGAAGAAGAAGUGUAGUUAGUGAUUUAUCGAAACCUUGAACGAAGCUCUCAGUGAUUAUGACUAAAUAUUUAUUUGUACUUAAAUGAACGCAACGUAUCGACUUUAUCUCAAGCGAAAGCUGUUUCGUUUUCUCCUUCUCUCCGAUAUUAUUGUUUUAUCCGAUUCUCAUUGCAAAACUGCGAGAAGAUGAAGUUUCUAACACUACCGACUACCGAAUUUAUGGGCGCUGGACACGUUGUGAUUGGGUUGUACUUGAAGAAAAGUGAAAAGUGAUCAUCAAGUGUAUAUUUUUCGUGAAACACAAAUGCAAAACAAACCGUAUUACUAAUCCACCAGACUUCCAUUAAGGCGAUAAGUAGAGCGAAAAUGUUGUAAUUUUACGAUAAACACCUACAAAUAAUCAGCUCAACAACACGUGACACGUAAACUAAACGUAUUUGAACAGUACAGGCUUACCGAACAGUAAACUUACCAGUGGAUCUGUGUUUAAAAA